CAAGUAGUUGACAAAAUGAUGGAGAAACUAUUUGGAAUUUUUCUCGUCUGCUUUAUUGGAGCAAUAACUCCAUUCGGAGCUCUUCGAGUUCUAACAGAUGUAGCAAAUGGAGUAUCGGAUAGUUUUAAGCUAGAUACCACACCUUUUAUUAAACUUCCAACCGGCUACUAUCACUUUGAGUUCGACAAGACAACUAACUGGUUUAAAGCCUUCGAAGCCUGUCGGAGAAUAAAUGGUCAUUUGGUUUCUUUCGAGACAAAGGACGAAUUGGAGGCCGUCGUUAGAUAUAUCAGGAAAACCACUUACACUAACCACUUUUGGACUUCUGGUACCGAUUACGCCAAGAAGGGUCACUAUGUCUGGUUUGCCACCGGAAAGAAAAUCGAUCUCGACAUCUGGUGGCCAGAUGAACCCAAUAAUUUCAAUGAUACGGAACACUGUGCCGAGCUGAGUAUAAAUGCCAAGUCUAAGCAGGUGAAGGGUAUAAAUGACGUAGGAUGUUUACUUUCCCGAUCGUACGUCUGCGAAGCUGAGGAAGGAACUACUGCUUCCGUUGUAGUUUGGUAGGUUUUGU